AUGUCUGAAGAAUUAGACCAAGCAACCAAGGAUUUGUCAUUGGACGAGAAGAAAGAUGUCACAGUGUUAGAUUCAAGAGAGGAAUUCAACGUGAAGCACCCUCUCAAUUCCAAAUGGACCUUGUGGUACACCAAGCCAGCUGUGGAUCCAAGUGAGAGUUGGUCGGACCUUUUGAAGCCCGUUGUUGCGUUUGACACGGUGGAAGAAUUCUGGGGAAUCUUCAAUUCUAUUCCAAAGGCUGAUGAAUUGCCAGUCAAGUCUGACUACCACUUAUUCAGAGAAAACAUCAAGCCAGAAUGGGAAGACAGUGCCAACUCUAAGGGAGGUAGAUUCUCCUUCCAAUUCAAAGGUAAGAGAUUGGAGCACGGAAUUAACGAGGUCUGGACCAGAGCUUUGUUGAGCGUGAUUGGCGAAACCAUAGAGGAUGAUCAAAACGAAGUGAACGGAGUUGUUCUCAAUGUGAGAAAGGUCGGUUACAAGGUUUGUUUGUGGACCAAGUCUUGUGACAGGGCAGCCCUUGUGCCUAUUGGAGAAAGAUUGAAGAAAAUAUUGAUGCUCAGAGAAGGCGAGUCUGUGGAGUUCAUCAGCCAUAAAGAUUCUAACGAACGUGGAUCCAAACCCGCAUUUUACGUUUAA